GGUGCGGUGCCCGCAGCACUUGUGCUGUCACUCAGCCAGGCCCGCCGCUAUUUCAGCUCGGGGCCGGCGGCCGGGCUGUGCCCCGCUCCAACAUGGGCCCCCCGCUCCUCCUCGCCUGCCUGCUCGCCCCGCUCUGCGCUCGGGGCGCCAGCCCAGCCCAGGCAGGAGCUGCAGCCCCCCAGGCCUGGGGCCAGCACGAGGCCCCUCGGCGGGUGAAGAGGGCCUGGGUGAUCCCCCCCAUCAGCGUCUCGGAGAACCACAAGCGCAUCCCCCACCUCCUGGUGCAGAUCAAGUCAGACAAGCAGCAGCCCGGCGGGGUGAUCUACAGCAUCAAAGGGCCAGGGGUGGAUGAGGAGCCUCUGGGCAUCUUCUCCAUCGACAAGUUCAGCGGGAAGGUUUUCCUCAACGCCAUGCUGGACCGGGAGGAGCACGACCGCUACCGGCUCCGAGCCUUCGCCCUGGACCUGGGCGGGGUCACCCUGGAGGAGCCCACGGACCUGGAGAUCAUCGUGGUGGACCAGAACGACAACCGACCGCUGUUCCGGCAGGACGUGUUCACCGGGAGGGUGGUGGAGGGCGCUGAGCCAGGGACCUGCGUGAUGACGGUGGAUGCCACCGACGCCGACGACCCCGACACGGACAACGCGGCCCUGCGCUAUUCCAUCCUGGAGCAGGGCGCUGCGGGAAUGUUCAGCAUCAACGCCACCACGGGGGAGAUCUGCACGGCACGGCCCGGCCUCGACCGGGAGACCAUGGGGGUGUACAACCUGACGGUGCAGGCGGCCGACAUGUCCGGGGACGGGCUGACCACCACGGCCAUGGCCGUCAUCUACCUGGAGGACAUCAACGACAACGCUCCCGAGUUCACCAAGGAGGAGUUCUCCAUGGAGGUGGAGGAGCAGGCGGCCGGCGUGGACGUGGGCAAGGUUUUUGUGCACGACAAGGACCUGGCGGGCUCGCCCAGCUGGUUGGCCAAAUUCACCAUCCUGGAGGGCGACCCCGAGGGCGCCUUCGCCAUCCGGACCGACCCGCACACCAACGACGGCGUGCUCUCCGUGCUCAAGCCGCUGGACCACGAGGUGCGGGACCGCUUCGAGCUGACGGUGUCGGUGCAGAACGAGCGGCCGCUGGAGCCCUCGGCCCCCGGCAGCCCCCGGGCUCUGGCCACGGUGCGGGUGCGGGUGCGGGACGUGAACGAGGCGCCCGCGUUCCGCGAGAACCCGCGGCGGGUCAGCGUCCUGGAGGGGACCCCGCCGGGCACGGCCAUCACCACCUACACCGCCAGCGACCCCGACACGCAGCAGCUGCAGAGCCUCUCCUACGCGCUGCUCUACGACCCCGCGGACUGGCUGCAGAUGGACCCUCACAGCGGCACCGUGCGCACCAAGCGGGAGCUGCUGCACCCGUCCGCCUUCCUGCAGGGCGGCUGGUACAUCGCGCUGGUGCUCGCCCGCGACGAUGCCGAGCCCCCGCUCUCGGCCACCGGCACGCUGUCCAUCGAGAUCCUGGAGGUGAACGACCACGCUCCGCAGCUGCAGCCGCCGGCCGGGGUGCUCUGCGGGCGGCCGGGCCGCGGGGGGACGCUGCUCCUGGGGGCCACCGACGACGACCGCCCCCCGCACGGCGCCCCCUUCCACUUCCAGCUGAGCCCCCAGCACCCGCAGCUCGCCCGCAACUGGAGCCUCGCCCGCUUCAAUGUGACCCACGCCGUGCUGGCCGUGCUGGCCGAGCUGCCCGAGGGGCCCUACUCGCUGCCGCUGCUGCUCCGGGACUCGGGGACGCCGCCGCGGGAGCAGCAGCAGCUGCUGAACGUCUCCGUGUGCCACUGCGGCCGCGACGGCGCCUGCCUGGACGGGGCUCUGGCCGCGGCCCGCGCCGGGGCCGGCAUCACCCUCGGGGCGCUCAUGAUCAUCGCGGGCAGCACCAUCCUCCUCCUCGUGCUGGCGGCUCUGGGCGCUGCGCGGGUGCGCGGCCGCCGCCGGGCCCUGCGCAAGGGGCUCCUGCAGCGCUCUCGGGACGACAUGCGCGACAACAUCCUCAACUACGACGAGCAGGGCGGGGGCGAGGAGGACCAGGACGCCUACGACAUCAACCAGCUCCGGCACCCCGAGCUCUUCUCGCCCCGGGCCAGGCCCCCCCUGCGCAGGGACGCCCCGCUCAGCUCCGGGACCCCCAUGGGCCCCCGCAAGCUGCCCAGCAGCCCCUCGGACAUCGAGGAGUUCAUCAAUGAGGGGCUGGAGGCGGCGGACAGCGACCCCAGCGUGCCCCCCUAUGACACCGCCCUCAUCUACGACUACGAGGGCUCGGGCUCGGUGGCCAGCCCGCUGAGCUCCAUCGUGUCCAGCCUGACGGACGAGGACCAGGACUACGAUUACCUGAGCGAGUGGGGGCCCCGCUUCCGCCGCCUGGCCGACCUGUACGGGCACUAGCGGGGAGGGGCAGGAGGGGACACCCAGGAGGGGCUGGGGCAGGGACGGGGCAGGGGGCAGCUCACACACACACAGGAGAUGCCCAGAGCGGCGGCUUCACCAAUGGACCCGCACAGGAUGCCCGGCUGGAGCGGCUUUGCACACGCGCGUGCAACGAGAGGCUCCGUGCAGGGGGUGCACACCCGCACACCCCGCAGAGCCCAGCUCAGCAAACCUGGGGGGGGGGAACGCCGGAGUGAGCCCCGCACAUCUGGGGAGGGGGCGAGGAGACCCCUGGGCACCCCAUAAUAAAGAGCGGGGGUUGGUGGCGGGGCUGCGUGACCCCCCCCCACACCAGUAGAAACAAGGCACUUUUAUUGGGAGCCGGCAGCGCCCCCGGGGGGCUCCAUCCCCGCCCCAGGCCCCCAGCGCCGCCGCUCC